CGAGAACCUUCUCUUUUGGGUUAAAUUGCAGCCACCUGCCGGUUAUCUUAUCGCCCCCCGAUUAUCGCUUCCCCAGUUUCAUCGGCAUUGGUCAAGUAUCUACCAAGUUCUUAGUGAAACAGGCGGCAAUUGCAGCCCUAAUGCUGUCUCAACAUCGUGCUUGCCGGUUGAUAAAUAGGUAGCUCUGCUACGCUCAUCCCUGAGUGACUAGCUGCUCCUGUUGACUACAUCCACAAAGCAUAGUGAAGAUGCUUCCACAAGAUGAUGAGAUUCAGCAGAUUCCCCCUGCAUCGGCGGGGGAAGAUGUUCGUUUGGAGCAUUUAGGAUACGAACAAGAGCUCAAACGGUCCUUCGGGCUGCUGGGUAUGAUCGGUUUCAGUUUCAGUGUAGUCACCUCCUGGACGGCGCUUAGCGGUGUCUUUAUCGUGGGAGUGACCUCGGGUGGUCCACCUGUCAUGGUUUUCAGUUUCAUUGGAGUCAGCCUGCUCACCCUUGCCGUUGCCAUCCCCAUGGCGGAAAUGUGUUCGAUGUAUCCAGUGGCAGGAGGUCAAUACUCGUGGGUUGCGGCAUUAGCACCUCCGAAGAUCGCCCGGGGGCUGUCAUAUGUAACCGGCUGGUUCAUGCUUAUAGGCCUCCUUGCGAUGGGCGCGACCAACAACUCUAUCGCCGCCCAGUUUGUCCUCGGGAUGGCCAACCUCGUCUUCCCGUCCUAUGAAAUCCAACGCUGGCAAACGGUGCUGGUCGCCUAUCUCGUUGCCCUCCUGGCUGCGGCCAUCAACAUCUGGGGCCCGCACCUCCUCAACCGCCUCGCGCGCUUUAUUCUGAUUUGGAACAUUGGCGCCUUCUUCAUCACAAUCAUCGUUCUCCUCGCGACCAACGACCACAAACAACCCGCCUCGUUCGUCUUCGUGAACUUUCAAAACACCACGGGCUGGGACAAAGCGAUGGCCGCAAUCGUUGGCAUCCUGCAGGCCUGCUUCGGGAUGUGCUGCUAUGACGCGCCCUCCCACAUGACGGAAGAGAUGAAAUCGGCCUCCAAGCAGGCGCCGCAGGCGAUUAUCAUGAGUGUGGUGCUGGGCGCCGUCACCGGGUUUGCGUUCCUGCUGGUGCUCUGCUUUUGCAUCGGCGACAUCACCGCGACUGCCAACUCGGCCACGGGCGUCCCGGUCAUCCAGAUCUUCUAUGAUUCAACCGGCAGCAAGGCUGCCGCCUGUGUGCUGGCCAGCAUGAUCGCCGUGAUCGUCAUCGUGGCGGGCAACAACAUCCUGGCUGAGGGCUCGCGCUGCGUUUACGCCUUCGCCCGCGACCACGGCCUCCCUUGCAGCACAUGGCUGGCCAAGGUGGACAAGAAGAGACAAGUCCCGGUGAACGCUGUAUUGUUGACGCUCGUCGUGCAGCUGGCGCUGGACGCGAUUGAUUUCGGGACGAGUACUGGCUUUGAGACGGUGAUUGCUAUUUCCACUGAAGGGUUCUACCUUUCCUACGCCACCGCCCUCGCCAGCCGCCUCCUAGGCUACAUAACCUCCCACCAGAAGACAAUGACCGGCCCCUUUGCCCUGCCCUCCUCUCUCUCCAUCGCUCUCAACGUCCUCGGCCUGCUCUUCCUCCUGUUCGCCUCCAUCACCUUCAACUUCCCCACCACCUACCCGGUCACCGACGAUUCGAUGAACUACACCAGCGCGGCUAUCGGAGUCAUCGCGCUGAUCGCCCUGGGGACGUGGGUGAGCACCGGGCGGAAGAACUUCACGGGGCCUGCGGGGGGUGCCGCCUCGCAGGGUAUGGUGGUUGAGACCGGGAAGGUUGUGGAGGAUGUGGAGCCAGAGGGGAUCUCGGCGGAAAUGGAGAAGAAGGGAUGAACUUUUGCGUAUGGUACAUGAGUCAUUGUUUGAGUAUCUAUGUGAAACUUUCGAUGAGAAU